AUGAAUAGGUUGGGACUUUUGUUACCAUGGGCACUAAGUUGUAAAUACUGCAACAAAAAGGUAUUUCCUACAACCAAUGUUGAUGACGAUAUGCGUCCUUUGUUCUACUGCAAUACCUGCGAUAAAGAACACAUCAACGUCAUAUCCAGGUUUAAAUUAAUUGCCAAUGUUAAAGACGAUUCCGGUGAGGCAAACUUUCUUUUGUUUGAUACCAACGCUCAGAUGAUUGUGCGUCGUGCAGCUGCGGAACUCUACGAUGAGGAUGAAGAUCCCGACUUCUUACCAGAAGCAGUUAGCGACCUCUUUGGCAAGAGAAUGCUUUUUGAAAUUUCAGUUGAUUCUGAUAACAUCAGAGGAAAGAGCUCUCAGUAUCUUGUUUGUUGUGCUAAUGAUGAUCGUGAAAUGAUUGAGGAAUUUGCAGCUUUGCCUCACAAACCGGUUUUGAAGUUGCACGGCUCCGACGAGAUUUCCGAUGGUUCUGGUGGUUCUUCAGCAACUCAUGUGUCUAAAAGAAAAAGCAAAGGAGAGGAAGACAAUGAUUUUGAGGAUCAACUCUCUGUCAAGAAGAAACAGGGUCCAAAGAAAAUCAAGGGCGAGUGAAAAUCGCCCAGUGCGCUUUGGAACGUUGUCAACUCUGUUUUUAUUUCCAGACAAUAUGGCUUUGUCGUAUUUCAGCAUUGUUAUCUCUUGGAUUUGCCUUUUAAUAUUUUAGCUUGGGAUUUUUUUUUAAUUUUUUAAAAAUUACUUAUGUUGAAACUGUUUUAUUGGCUUUCGGUGUUAUUCAUUAUUUUAUUUAGAAUAAAAACAUAUUGUCUUGUCUUUUCUCUUUCGGUGUUCCACAGAAUUACACAUGAUAAUUGGCAAGUUUCGAAACAGUUUUAUCAAAAUAAUUGCCCACGGUUUAGUAAUAAUUUGCUAGAAGAGAUUAAAUUAGGGCAAUUGUCAAUAAUAGCACCUUUUGAAGUUUUCCUCCCCAAACUAGCACUCAGGAUCAGAAAUCACAAAAAUAGGUUUCAUUAAAGAUGUAAUUUACCUUUGUACCCUUUGUUAUAAGAAUAAAAAAAAAACAUUUCAUUUCAUUCGAUCGCGAAUCGUGUCGUCUCC